UGAUAACAUUUUCGUAAUCAGCAUUUUUCUCUCAUCAUGUCGCAUGCCAACUACUUCGUUCAGAUCGGUUGACGGAUGCGGUUUGGAUUGCUUUAAGUGGCCGAUUGGAUUGGAGCUGUUGUGUUGGAGCCAUUUUUUAACAUAUAGAAAUUAAGUUUUUUUCUGUGGCGUUUAAAUGUAAAUCGCGUAUAAGUGCGAGUGCAUGUAUUCCUUGAACAUUGAGCCUUACGUGUAUAAUUUCAUUCAAUAUUAACGACAAUAAAAUAAGCACCGCGGUCGAAGGUCAUUGGCAAAUAAAUAUCUUCCACCAACACUUUCACUUUUAAUAACAAAAAAUUACAAAAAAAGGUCAUAACACACGCAUUGCAUUUCAUAGUGUACAAAGAUGACAAACGACAAGGAGAAGACUAUACGUGUGGGCUCCAGAAAAAGUGAAUUAGCGCUUAUUCAGACGAAACAUGUCAUUUCCCGUUUACAAAAACUCUAUCCUAAAAAGAAAUUCGAGAUCCAUACCAUGUCAACGAUAGGCGAUCGUGUGCUCAACAUAUCACUGCCAAAAAUAGGCGAGAAAAGCCUUUUCACACGAGAUCUCGAGGAUUCAUUACGCAACGGUGGUGUAGAUUUCGUUGUACAUUCGCUGAAAGAUCUGCCUACCGCGCUACCAACUGGCAUGGCAAUUGGUGCUGUACUCGAGCGCGAAGACGCCAGAGAUGCGCUUGUGCUGCGUGAAGAGUACAAGGGUCAUACUAUUGAAACAUUGCCAAAAGGUUGUGUGAUAGGCACUUCCUCGCUACGACGCACAGCUCAAAUCCGACGGCAAUAUCCGCAUCUAACUGUUUGCGAUAUACGUGGCAAUCUGAAUACACGUCUCGCCAAAUUGGAUGCAAUCAAUUCAAAAUUCGCCGGCAUUAUACUCGCACAAGCUGGACUUGUACGUAUGGGUUGGGAGCAACGCAUUAGCCAGGUACUCGAGCCAACCGAUUUGCUUUAUGCUGUGGGGCAAGGUGCUCUGGCGGUUGAGUGUCGUGCCAACGAUGAGGAAGUGCUCGCAAUGUUGCAAAGUUUAAUGUGCCUGCCGACAACCUGUCGCAUACUAGCCGAGCGUAGCUUCCUCAAGACUUUAGGUGGUGGCUGCAGUGCACCUGUCGCUGUUUGGAGUAUUUUAGAUGGUGAUUUAACAGAAAAAAAUCAAAAUAACUGUAACAGCGCGUUAUCGCUGGUGGGCGCCGUAUGGAGUUUGGAUGGCACCACUGAGAUACGUGACAAAAAAGCCUGCAGCUUCGCCACGGAGGUAGUGAAGCAGGCGGCUGACGUUGAUAAUGCUAAUUUUGACGUGGCAGACAGCGAUGACGAUAGCAGCGAUCAACCGCCUAACAAACGCCGGCGCAGCAACGAGUCAAGCAGUCCAGAGCAGCAACGUCACAGUCCGCCAGUGAUAAAUGAUGAUGCCGAAGUGGAAAAGCUGACAGCCGCCUAUAGCAUGGGUGAUAUAAUUGAAAAACACAUCAGCUUGGCGAAACAUUGUCCCGUGAUUAGCGCCGAUUUGCAUAAAAUUGAAAUGAUAAACAAUGCAGAAAAUGGUAAUGUCAACGACAAUGACAAUGGAAAUGUCAAUGCAAAUGUGGACCUCUCGGCAGGCGGCGACUCGAAUGUCAACAAUCCACAUUGCCCGUUAAAAAUGAAUGUGGGGCAGGACUUUAUGGGUGAAUGCCCGUUUGUUAGUAAAGAAGAGAAGAUUAUAUUGGCAACUGCUGGGAAAUGUCCCGUUACAAAUGAGUUGCUACAAAAGCCGUACGAUGAAACUGACAAUGCUGUCGUUGCGGCCGUACCAUCUACCUCAAAAUGCCCGUUCGCCAGCAUGCACAGCACAGCGAAUGGCAAUGAAUUCUCCAGCAGUGCGCCAGAUGCGGCGACGGGCAAAUGUCCGUUCCUACAGAAAACCGUUAAGAUGUUUGAAUAUGCUGACGAGGAGAAACCACAACCGAAAUCGGUGCCAGUGCUGAUCGAAGAUGUGGAUAAUCUCUACUGUGGUCUGUUUCAGCAUGCCUGUUACAAUCGUGAAUUGUAUAUACGUAGUGAUGCCUUGGGCCGACAAUUGGCUGAGGAAUUGAUCAAAAAGGGUGCCUUAGAGGUUAUGAAGUGCGCACAAGCGGAAAUACAUAGCAAAGCAUAAAAAUGGAAACUUAAAAGAGAGAGGCAAAAUGCAAUAUCAUUCAUAGUCUCCAUUUGACCAUGGACCUUCAUUAUGAUGUAGUGUGUUAACGUGAAAAAGCAACUUUUUCAUUAAAAUAGUUAAUUUCCCUAAUUUGAUUCGAAACUUUUUGAAUACUGUAGGGUAGAUAGUGGGAAUUUGUUAACUUUUUUUUGCGCUUUUAAUAUUAUUUGCCAAGUUGAUGUUUGUGUAAUUAUUAGGCGCGCGUGCAUUAUGUGCAAAUUUUUUUCGUUUUCUUCUGUGCAUACUCUUAUUAUGUUUGUUUACGAAAUGGGGUAUAGUUUCUUUUGUUAAACAUAUUUAUUACUUCAUACGUGCAUGCAUACAUAUAUUAUGGAUUGAGAAUGUGUAUUUAAAAUAUCAUUUACCGCAAAAUAAAACUAAUUCGAUUGAAAUUGUCAACGAUAUUA